AUGUGCUGUAGUUCAGGAAGUUCAGGGAACAUCUACAACUGGUCCUCGUCGCAGCAGAACACAAGCCAGGUUCUUCUCAGCAUGCAGAGCAGCAUCAUGGAUCUUCUCAGCACAAGACUGAGUCCAGAACAGCUCCAGGCCAACUACCAUAAACUGGAUCUGCACAAAAAGUCUUCUUUCUCCAUCAGGUUGUUGCAGCUGGACACCUCUCAGCCAGACAACCAGCAAUACGUCCCCAACUCCUCCCUAAUGAACUUCAUUGACAUGUCAAGGUUCCAGCGUGUGAAAAAGGAUGGCAGCAGUCAGGUGAAGCUCCAGCUAGAGCUGCUUGAUGUGCUGCAUAAAGAGUUAAUCCAGGGUCUGCAGGAGCUGGAGUACAUCUUGGCUCAAAAAGGUGGUGUGUUCCAUCAGCUCAGUGGAGCUGAAGUCCAUGAGAAGAUCCGCAGCCUCCAGGAGGCAGCUGAAAACUUUGAUGCAGUUAUGAUUCCUGGGAAGCUUUGUGUCAAACACAAGCUGAUCCCCGAGCCAGAAAGCAGUAGUUUGCCACAGUUCCAGCUGGUGCUGGAGGCCAAGAAGCCGGUGCUAUUUAACAGAGAGAAAAGCCAAGCCUUUUGUGAUUCGGUGGUUCUUCACUGGUACAUCGCUGAACAGGAGCAGUACAAUCCAAAUGAGAGAUUCAAAGUCUGUUACAGAGCCACCGAUCGAACAAAAAUGACAAACCCUAGAGUGUUGCGCUAUGUGUCCUGCUCAAGAUUCAGUGUUACAAUCAACAAUCUGAUGCCAGAGUGCAGCUACGAGUUCAGUGUGAAGAGAUUGGACAACAUUUGGCUGGUUUACAUGGACUGGAAUGACACCAUCAUCCUCAGGACCACCUCACCACACACCAUGACCACAUCAUGA